AAGGGUGCUGCUUGCUCUCGGUUUACCACCAGGUUACAGGAGAGCUUUAAAACCUCUUUCCAGUCUCUCAACUGCUUCCCUUUCGGGAGCCUUCAAGGUAAGCCUGUGCUUUCUCCCUUACAGCCUGGGAACCCCAACCCCAGGGGCAGCCAGCCCAUCAACCUGAACCACUACGCCACCAAGAAGAGCGUGGCCGAGAGCAUGCUGGACGUGGCCCUCUUCGUGUCCAACGCCACGCGGCUGAAAGCGGUGCUGGAGCAGGGGCCGUCCGCCCACUACUACACCACCCUCGUCACCCUCAUCAGCAUCUCUCUGCUCCUGCUCGUGGUCAUUGGCAUCCUGCUUGUGGUCAUCGCGCGGCUGAACCUCAAUGAAGUAGAAAAGCAAUGGCAGCUCAACCAGCUCAACAACGCCGCCACCACUCUGGUCUUCAUCACUGUCAUCAUCAACGUCUUCAUUACAGCCUUCGGGGCACAGAAGACAGGCUUCCUGGCCGCCAGGACCUCAAGGAAUCCCCUCUGAACACAGCCUGGGACCCAGGUCCUGGGUCUGGAACUGCUUCUGCCUUUCCUCCCUGAUCUGUUAGGCUGAUGGGCACUUUCCACAGCCUCUGGGAGAGCUUCAAAAAGGGCUGUGUAGAUGCCCUGGAUCCCUACCCACAGCAUCUGAAAUAAGAUGUACUAUUUUACUGGCCUAAGUGAAUCCCAUCUUGGUCUGGAGUCCUGAACUCAGACUGGGGUACUGCCAGUCUUUCUAGUAGCAUCUCCAGAAUCUAAGACAUGUCUAUCUAAGGUCAAGCCCGCCUAGCUUCAGGACUCUGGUUCUUACUCCACCUCAUUCCUUCCCCUCUGCCCCAUCCAUUUCCUCUGCUCCAGGCCUCAGUUUUCCCUUUCUGUAAAAUGGAAUGAC